AUGGCUGAAAUAGCUACUGCUGCUGGUUCCAAAGCUGUAGAAAAAGUUACAGAGACCGUGUAUGAUUCCAUUUGUCAGAAGAUUUCCUAUGUGUUCAAGUACCAGAACUAUAUGGAGAAGGCAAAGGAACGAGUUGAGGAUCUCAAAAGUAGAAGACAAGAUGUGGAAGCAGAGUCGACGUUGCUGAAAGACAAGGGGAAGAGAUUUACAAUGAAGCUUGGCAAGGAAGCAGAGAAGGUUGCAGAGGAUGGUGCCAAGCUCUUGGGCAAAGGAAACUUCGCAAAAGAUUCCCAUCUCCCUAUUCUAAGGAGGACAGAAUCCAUAUUUGUCGGCGAGGAGUGUGAGCGCUUUGACUCCAGAGAGUCCAAUUUCCAGGACAUCAUCGAGGCGUUGAAGGAUUCUAAGGUUAGUAUGAUUGGAGUGCACGGGAUGGGUGGUGUGGGCAAAACCACGCUGGUCAAAGAAGUUGCUUGGAGAGCCAAGGAAGAUAAUUUAUUUGAUGAGGUGGUAUUUACUGAGGUAACACAAACUCCCGAUCUUAAACAAAUUCAAGCCGACAUUGCUGGUCAACUGGGCAUGGUAUUUAGGGACCAGGAGAGUCUAUAUGGAAGAGCUGAUCAAUUAUGUGAUAGGUUGAAGAAAGCCAAGAGAAUCCUUGUAAUAGUAGAUAAUAUUUGGGAGAGGAUUGACUUGAAGGCUGUUGGGAUUCCUUUUAGCUACGAUGAUAAAGAUAGCAUCCAGCAAUACAGGAAAGAAAGCAACGAUGAUCAAGUGCGAUGCACAAUAUUGUUAACAGCUAGAACACUAGUUGUAUUAAAUCAAAUGAAAACUCAGAAGUAUUUAUCUGUUGAGCCUUUAGCUGAUGAUGAUGCAAGAAAUUUGUUUGUGAAAAUUGUUGGUGAUUUAACAGAUAAACGUGAUAUAGCUGCUGAAAUAAUAAAAAAAUGUGCAGGUUUACCACUUGCAAUUACAACAAUUGCAAAUGCUUUGAAAGGUAAGAGUGAUCCUGUCUGGAGAGAUGCGUUACAUCAAUUAAAAAGUUAUAAUCCAAGAUGCAUUCCAGAAAUGAAUAACACUUUAUACUCAACUAUUGAAUUGAGUUACGCAUUGUUGAACAGUGAAGAAGCAAAAUUACUACUUCUACUUUGUGCUCUAUUUAAUAAUAGACAUGUCUCUUUCCUCUUGAUAUUUGGUAUGGGGUUGGGCUUGUUUCAAGAUGUUCAUACGAUUAAUGACGGGAGGAAUAGACUCAAGUCGCUGAUUGAUUAUCUCGAAGAUUCGUGUUUGUUGUUGAAAGGUAACAAUAAAGAGAAGGUCAAAAUGCAUGACGUCAUUCAUCUUGUUGUUGCAUCAAUUGCCAAAGAGAAACGUAUGUUCAAUAUUCAAGAUGCUAAUGGCUUUAAAGAAGUGUUGGUGAAGGGAAAGUACAAAGAUUCGAUUGCAAUUUCUCUGCCUUGGAUAGACAUUGAUGGGCUUCCUGAAAGGGUAAACUUUCCGAACCUUGAGUUAUUUACUUUGCAUCUUAAAAAACAUCAUUUUCUACAAAUCCCAAACCACUUUUUUGAAGGGAUGAAGGAACUCAGAGUUCUAGAUUUGUAUAAUUUUCAUUUACUACCACUACCUUCAUCCUUUCUUUGCCUAACAAACCUUCAAACAUUGGGUCUGGUGAAUUGCACUUUAAGAGAUAUAACAAUGAUAGGAGAGCUAAGGAAUUUAGAGAUUCUUUGUUUUCUAAAUUGUGAAUUCGAACAAUUGCCUGAAAGAUUUAGUCAGUUGACACAACUGAAGUUAUUACAACUAUCUCAGUGUCCAAAGCUUGAAGUAAUGACACCAAAUGUCAUAGCCAGCUUGUCUCGAUUAGAAGAGCUAUAUAUAUAUAACAGCUUUGAGCGAUGGGAAGUUGAAGGACGGAAUAACGCUAGUCUUGCUGAGUUGAAGAGAUUGUCUCAAUUGAACACUUUAUGCAUACAUAUCCUGAAUCUGCAGCUUAUACAACAGGACUUUAUCCCUGAGAAUUUAGAAAAGUAUAAAGUACAUAUCGGAGAUGCAUGGGAGUGGUCUUAUGAAUAUGAAACCUCGAGAACAUUGAGACUCAAGUGCAAUGGAAGUCUUCAUUUGAGGUAUGGGGUUGAAAUUUUGGUGGAGAAAGCUAAAUAUCUCUAUCUAGAUCAGCUGGAUGGUGUCAAGGAUAUACUUUCGGAACUUGACAGAGAAGGUUUCCCAGAAUUAAAGCAUCUCUCUGUACAAAAUAGUUCUGAAAUUUUGUAUAUUGUCAACUCAAUGGCGUGCAUUCCGUCUAAUGAUGCCUUUCCAAUCUUAGAAUCAGUGUUUCUUAAAAAUCUAAGUAAUAUGGAGAAGAUAUGUUGUGGCCUAGUCGAUGCAAAAUCUUUUAGCAAAUUAAGAAUCAUAAAAGUAGAAAAAUGUGACAGGUUGAUGUAUCUCUUCUCUUCCUCCAUGGCUGGAAACAUCUUGCAGAUACAAGAAAUCGAAGUAACUAAUUGCAAGGAGCUAAAGGAGAUUAUUGGUCAAGAAAAUGCAGACCAUUUUGAUGAAAACGAACGGAAUUGUAAGGUUGAGUUUAAACAAUUGCAUUCCCUAGUACUACAAUGCCUGCAACAGUUCAUAAGUUUUGGCUUGAAGGUUGUGUUGCCAAGAUUGGAGAACUUGAAAUUGUCGUCAAUUAAUAUUGAGAACAUAUGGGUUGAUCAACCUCAACCAAGAAUUCAAUGCUUAAAAAGCUUAACUGUGGAGGAGUGUAAUGGUUUGAAGUUUAUGUUUUCAUCCUUUAUAGUCAAAAGUCUCGUGCAACUCCAAAGGCUUGUGAUAUGCAACUGUAAGUUGAUGGAAGCAGUAAUUUUUGACUUAGAAGGUUUAGAAGGAGAAGAUAAGAUAAUUGAUUUGAGUUUUCCAAAACUAUUCUACCUAAAGCUUGUCGGUCUUCCAAAACUAACAAGAUUUGGCACUGGAAAUUCAAUUGAAUUCCCCACCUUGAAUGAACUUCACAUUGAGAGUUGCUCUAAUUUGAAGACAUUCUUCCACAACUCUUUUGGUGUAGACACGUUAAAAAAAGAACCUGAAGAAGUGAACUUGGAAAAACAUAUUACUGAUAUAAAUCCCCUCUUCAAUGAAAAGGUUGCUUUUCCAAGCUUGGAGAAGAUGAUACUCUUACACUUGGAUAACAUGAAAUUGAUAUGGCACAACCAACUCUAUGGAGAUUCCUUUUCCAAACUAAAAGAAGUGAGAGUCGAAUUCUGUGAAAAAUUGAUGACUAUUGUUCCUUCUAAUUCUACUAAGGGACUUCUUACCUUUCACAAUCUGGAAACAUUAACUAUUAAGAACUGUUGGAAUAUGAAAAUUUUGUUUCCAGUUUCCAUAGCUACUGGUCUUUUGCAACUUAAAAAGCUUUGGAUUUCCUCUUGUGGGUUGGGGGAAAUUGUUGCCAAGGAGGAAGUAGAUGGGACCCCUAGAUUUUUGUUUCCUCAAUUAACCCACCUCAAACUUGAUAGUUUACCAAAACUCAAACAUUUCUACCUGGAGUUGCAUACAAUAGAGUGGCCAAUGCUUAAACAGUUGUUCGUUUAUAAUUGUGAAGAGCUAAAAGUACAUGCUUCAGAUGGAGAGAGCCAACCUGCCCUUUUUUCGUUUGAAAAGGUCAUACCCAAUCUGGAACAGUUGGGUUUAAAUGCUGACAACAUUGCAUCUAGAUGCUUGGAUCGUAUUCCAGCUAGAAGCUUUAAGAAACUUAAAUUUCUUAGGUUGGUUAAGUGUGAUAAUGAAUCAAUAGCAUUUUGGUUUGGCGUUCUUCAAAAAUUGAACCAGCCAGAAACACUCUAUCUAAGUGCUGGUACUUUCCAAGAACUUGAUUACCAGGUUGACACAUCUCUUCAAAAUCUUCAAACUUUGGGAUUACAGAGAUGUCAUCGUUUGAAAUAUCUAAUGCCAUCUUCAACAACUUCCUUCAAAAACAUUAAGAAUUUGGAAGUCCACAAUUGUAAUGGAUUGGCAUAUAUAUUAGCAUGCUCAGCAGCAAGAACUCUGGCCCAUCUCACAAAAAUCAAAAUUGAAGAGUGCAAGUUAGUGACAGAGGUAAUAGCGAGUGAGGUAGAGACAACGGAAGAGGAGAUUGUUUUCAGCCAAUUGAAAAUUCUAGAGUUUCAUAGUUUAGCGAGCCUCACAAGCUUUUGCUCGGCCAAUUACGCUUUCGAAUUCCCAUGCUUAGAACAAGUAAUUGUGAGCCAAUGCCCCAAUUUGAAGAUCUUUUCUCAAGGAGGCUUAAACACACCAAAAUUGAAAAGGGUACAACUAACAGAGAAGAUCAAUGGAGAAUAUUUGUGGAACGAUGACCUUAAUUCCACUAUCCAUCAUAUGUUUACAAAUAUGCUUGGUUUUCACAACUUAGAACAUUUGAAACUCUCUGAAUACCCCAGAUUAGGAGAAACAGUUUGGAAUGUUCAAGUUCCUUCUGGCAUAUUCAACAAUUUGAAGUCGUUGGUUUUGGACGUGUUUUUAGAUACCUUAACUGCAAUUCCAUCGAGUGUGUUAAGCGCCUUUAAAAAUCUGGAAACACUAGAAGUAAGAAGUUGUGGUUCGCUAAAAAAAGUGUUUGAUAUGGAUACACAACAAAAUGCUGAUGGACAUACAUUGAAGAAAACUAAUCAAGAAGCUUUGGACUUCAACAACCUGAAAUCGCUCAAAGUUCACAAUUGCUGCAACUUGAGAUAUAUAUUUUCUCCGUCUAUCAUCUCAAGUCUUGCUCAACUCCAAGAGAUAGAAGUUAAAAAUUGUGCUUUGAUAGAAGAAAUCAUCACGAAAGAAGAAGAAAAGGAAGCACACAUUGAGGAAAUUAGAAUCCCCCAACUAAACUCCAUUGUUCUUGAGUCAUUGCCAAAUUUGACAAGCUUCUGUUCAGGAAUUAAUGCUUUGGAAUGCCCAGCCUUGAAAGCUAUUACAAUGGCCAAAUGUCCAGAGAUUGAGACAUUUAUUUUCACUAAUAUGAAGGACCAAUCUGACAAUAUUGCACCCCUUUUCAGUGAAAAGGUUGCUUUUCCAAGCUUGGAGAAGAUGAUACUCUUACACUUGGAUAACUUGCAGUUGAUAUGGCACAACCAAUCCCAUGGAGAUUCCUUUUCCAAACUAAAAGAAGUGAGAGUCGAAUUCUGUGAAAAAUUGAUGACUAUUGUUCCUUCUAAUUCUACUAAGGGACUUCUUACCUUUCACAAUCUGGAAACAUUAACUAUUAAGAACUGUUGGAAUAUGAAAAUUUUGUUUCCAGUUUCCAUAGCUACUGGUCUUUUGCAACUUAAAAAGCUUUGGAUUUCCUCUUGUGGGUUGGAGGAAAUUGUUGCCAAGGAGGAAGUAGAUGGGACCCCUAGAUUUUUGUUUCCUCAAUUAACCCACCUCAAACUUGAUAGUUUACCAAACCUCAAACAUUUCUACCUGGAGUUGCAUACAAUAGAGUGGCCAAUGCUUAAACAGUUGUUCGUUUAUAAUUGUGAAGAGCUAAAAGUACAUGCUUCAGAUGGAGAGAGCCAACCUGCCCUUUUUUCGUUUGAAAAGGUCAUACCCAAUCUGGAACAGUUGGGUUUAAAUGCUGACAACAUUGCAUCUAGAUGCUUGGAUCGUAUUCCAGCUAGAAGCUUUAAGAAACUUGAAUUUUUGGUGGUGGUUGGUUUUCGUGAAUUUGGAUAUUUGAAGCUUGGUGAAUUUCCCACUUUAAAAGAAAACAUAUGGAAUUGCAAAGUUCCAAUUGAUUUGUUCUGCAAUUUGAAGUCACUAGUGCUAGAUGGGCUUUCUGAUAGUGCAACAAUUAUUCCAUCCAAUGUGUUAAGCUACUUCAAAAAUGUGGAAACGAUAGAGGUAAAAAGUUGUGAUUCACUGAAAGAAGUGUUUGAUAUGGAAGAGCAACUAGAUUAUGUUGCAGCAAAGAGAAGUCAUCAUGAAAUUUUGGACUUCAAAAAUCUGAGAUCAUUGAAAGUUGAUAAUUGCAACAACUUGAGAUAUAUAUUUACUGCAUCUUUAGUCUCAAGCCUCGUGCAACUCGAACAGAUAGAAAUAAAAAGUUGUGCUUUGGUUGAAGAAGUCAUUACAAAAAAAGGGGAAAAGGAUGCGGGCAUUGAUAAAAUUAAAAUCCCUCUAUUGAAGUCCAUUAGUCUUGAGUCUUUACCAAAUUUGACAAGCUUCUAUUCAGGAAGUAAUAUUUUGGAAUGUCCUCCCUUGAAAAACAUCAUCAUAAAAGACUGUCAGAAUAUACAUUUGAAGGACUUCAGCCUCCAUCUUCCAUCCCUUUUCAGUGAAAAUGUUGAGUUUCCUACCAUGGACGACUUAACAUUACCGUCAAUCAUCACUGAGUGGAUAUGGCAGAGCCAACUGCCAGCAACAUCUUCUUGCUUUGAAAAGUUAACAAUCUUGGUCAUCGAUGGCUUUGAUCAUUUAAAAUAUUUUUUCUCUUCUUCAAUGGUCAAAAGCCUUUUCGAAUUGAAGGAGCUUGAGAUAUCCAAUUGUAAGUUGAUAGAAGGAAUUAUAGUUGAAGAUGAAGAGAGGACGAGUACAAUGCUGUUUCCAAAAUUAUACCAGCUGAAGCUUAGAGAUCUUCCAAAACUCACAACAUUCUGCAGCUCCACUGGAAAUUUUGUUGAAUUGUCCUCCUUAUUCAGAUUGUGGAUUGACAAUUGUCCUGGUAUGAAAUCAUUUGUCUCCAUUUUUAAAUGGAAUGACAAGACAUCAACCAAGAAACUUGAAGAAACGAACUCAAAUGAGAACCUCCACGCUCACAUGCAAUCUCUUUUUGAUAAAAAGGUAAGGCUCCCUUGUUUGGAGAGAUUGCAAAUCAGUUAUGCUGAUGAAUUGGUAAAAAUAUGGGACGAUCAGGUCUCUUUGGAUUCCUUCAGCAGUUUAAAUCGUGUGCUUGUACGGUUUUGUAAAAAACUUGUAAAUGUUUUUCCACCUAACAUGCUUGGGAGACACCAAGAACUAGAGUGGCUGGAAGUACAAAAUUGUGAUUCAGUUGAAGAGAUAUUUGAAUUGCUUGAGAAAAGAUCUGUCUUGGUGGAGGAGAUUGUUGCCAGUGAAGAAGCAGGUCAUAGAUUUGUGUUCUCCAAAUUAAAAGGCUUGUAUCUACAGAUGCUUCCAAAUCUCAAAAGUUUGUACCCAAAAAUACAUAUUUCAGAAUGGCCGGUUUUAGGCAAGUUGAAGGUACAUGGAUGUAACAAUGUGGAGACUUUAGCUUCAGAAUUUCUGAGCAUCAGAGAGACUCAUGGACAGAGUCAAAAUGAGACCCCAAAUCAAAAACCACUGUUUUUGGUUGACAAGGAUGCAUUCCCUAGAUUGGAAGAGCUUGAGCUAUGUGAAAUGCCCAGAUUGUUGCAUCUAUGGAGAGGAAAUGCUCAACGUAACAAUGCCUUUCAGAAUCUGAAGACUCUAAAACUAUCAGAAUGUGGCAGUUUAGAUAAUUCAUGGUCAUCAUUAGUGUCUUUCCAAAAUUUGGUGAAGUGGUGGAGGAUUCAUCAGUAG